AUGGAGGAGGCGGCGGCGGCGGCCGAUGACGGAGGAUCCGGACCUCUCAGAGCUCGUCAUAUUAAGAAGAGGGCCCUCAAGAACAAAUCUCUUUCUGUUUCUUUCAAUGAAAAAGACCUCAAGGAUUAUGUGACUGGUUUUCACAAGAGGAAGAAGAAGAGAAGACGAGAGGCCCUGCAAAAGCAAGAAGAAGCUGAACGUCGAAAGCGCAUCGAGCAGCGCAAAAAGAGGAAAUUGGAACGAGAUUUUGUCAUGUUUGGUGGAGCUCCUUUUGGUUCAGACGCAGAAGAUGCUGCUGAGCCCGACGAGGAAGAUGAACAUGAUGAGGAUACUGAACCAGCCGACCCUGUUUCAGACACAAUGAUGUAUGACAAUGGUGAUGUGCAAGUCACGGUGACAACUCGUGAAAUAGCCCGAGAGGAAGAGGGAUCGGCUGAUAGGUCGAAGAUUGGGAAAGCUCAAUCUUUUGAAGGGUUUGAGAAGGGCAAUAAGCAAAAGACUCCCGUGGCUAGGAAAAAGCUGAUCAAGAAGCCCCAGAAAAAGCGAUCUCGGGCAAAGCCACAGAGUAAAAGAGAGAAGAAGAAAGGAAAGAGAAAGAACAAGAAGAAUUAG